AUGUACAAUUUUAUUGAUUAUCCUAGUUUACCACCACUGCCAUAAUAUUAAGUAGACUAAGGAACAGUAGCUUAAUAUUAUUGCACUAUUCCUCCAGUUUAUAACUACUCUCAUUAUUCCUCCAUAGAGAAACUAUAUUUGUAAAAAGCAGAAAAUGGAACAAUUUUAGAAUAACGCACACCGUAUAUGAAUAACCUUACAACAAAUGCUCCUAGAGGAAUAAAAACAGAUGAUCACAUGUUUGAAUAUUUUAAAGCAGAGGAAGCAGAUCUACUUUUGCAAAUGAGAUUGCUUGAUCCUUUUUCAUAAGAAUAUAAAAACUUAAAGAAAAAACUUGACUAUAUUUAAGAAAUAAUUUCAACAUUUAUUUAAAAAAAGAAUCCAAAGAUGAAUUUAGAUCUAGUUCAUUAUGGAGAACUUCCUUUUAUGGCUGAUGUUGAACAAAUACUUAAAUAAGAAGCUAGAGAGUUAUAUUUUAAGAAGAAAAUUUAGUCAAAGGAGGAAGAUCCCUCUUUUAAAUAUUUUUAGAAUAAGCUAGUCAUUACAGACCCUUACAAUCCUCAAGAUGGGUUUUAUUUAACUUUUGAGUUUAUUAACUGGAUUCCUGAAGAAAUAGGAAAAAUAUACAUAAAGUAUGGAUUUUCAAAAAGGCAUCUUUAGUAUCUAGCUUAUAAAUAAACCAAAGAAUACAUUCCGGAACCAUAGCCUAUUUCUUAAUAUAAUAAUACAUGCUUUUUUGGCAAUUAAGAUUUUGUUAAAGGAAUCAAGCCAGAUAAAGAUGAGCUUUUAUAUAUUGAAAUCUGGUAUGCCAAUAAAGGAGAAAUGCCAUACAAAUGGCGAUUUUUUGGAUGGAGUUUACAUGAAAUAUUUGAUCCUAUGGGUGUUUUUAAUGGCGGAGCUUUUAAGAUCCCUCUUUAUGAUUAAAUGUAUGAUAGAUUUUUAAUUAACAAAGUAGGACUACCUUCUUUAACAAAUGGAUACUUUUACUUUAGAUUAUUUUUACCAGAGCAUUUCCCUUCAAGCUAUACAAUAGAUCCUUUUUCAGAACAUUAUUUUGUUCCAAAGCUACAUUUAAAGAAUUAAGAUAAAUCUACAAUCGAAUCUGCUUUAAAAAAGUAGCAGAUUGCAGGAGAGAGAGCAAAGGAAAUAUUAUCGAUAAAGAGAGUUCCUCACUCUAAGCAUGAAGGAUAAGUUGAAGAAUAUGAAGAUAUUUUGGAUUAAUAUUCAAGACCUAAAACAUAACAAAAUCUAAGCACAAGCGAAAAUUAAGAUAAAAUAUGGGGAUAUUCGUAUAAUUACAAUAAAUUAGAUAAAGAUAAGAUGAUAGAAACAAUUACAAAAAAAUUAAAUAAACAUUACAUAAAUUCACUAGUAAAUCCCAAUGAAGUUUCUGAAUACUUAAAUACACCAAAUAAGUAAAUAUUAAGUACUUAGGCUUAAACAGGGAAUGAGUUUUUAAAGAAAACAUUAGACGAUUAAAUUAAAGAAUUACUUCCUUCUAGCUACUUUUAAGUAAAAGAUGGAAAGGUUGAAAAUUUGACCUCAGAUGGAAUUUCAUUUAAAAUUACGAAACUUUUAAAUUUAAAUUAAAAUUUAGAAACACUGAUUAAUAUAAAAGGAGCACUCAUAAUGGAUAACACUAUUAUCUAAGAUGCUUCUAAUUAACCAUGUGUUGUAGCAGUUUAAUCAAGAGUCAAUCAAUAAGACAAAAAUAACUAUGAAGUGGAUUUUACUCAUACUUUCUAGACAAGAAAUAAUAAUCUUUUAGCUUAAUUUAGUUAUCAUAAUUUUUAGAAUGCAAUAAUACUUAUUACACUUUUUAAUGAAAACGGAUCCAUUUUAGGCUGGAUGCAUGCUCCUCUACUUAAACUGUAAAAAAGAAACAUAUUAUUGAAUACAGGUAAAUUUAGAGUAAGGCUGUGCAAAAUGCCUGUUUUACAACCUCCUUUAAAUUACAAUCUAAUUAAAUAUUCAGAUAUGGCUAUAGAAUAUCAACUAAUGGAAGGCAAUUUAGCACAAAUUUAAAAAUAAGUGGAAGAAGAAAAAACUUAGAUAGAUCCAGAGCUUGAAAAAAAGGAACCACAGUAAAGACCUUAAUCAAGUAUAGUAAAUUAAAGCUAGAAAGAAAACGAUAAAACACAAGAAAAUGUAUAAAUAAGCUAGGUAUAAUAGUAGUAAUAAUAGCAAUAAGAAGUUGUAAAAGGUGAAAAUCCAAAUGAAAGUUCUAUUAAAGACAACAAUGUGCAAAGCACAAUGAUUAAUCCAAAUUCAAGCUUAGUUAAUGAAUCAUAAAAUAAUAAAACAGGAAUUGUUGAUUAAAUAUUAAAUAAAUCUAUAAUUGAUAAUCCUAAACCAUUAAAACCUAUUUCAUUAUUUAUGGAUGGUAUUGUAAAUGUGCAAGAUAAAUAUCCUACAACAUUCAAAAUGUCUCUGCUAAAGGACUCAUUAAUUUAUGCUGAUGAUAAUAAAGCAAAAAUUUCAUUCUAAUGCAAUAAAUUUAAAAUACCAAAUGAUGAACGUGAAAUUUAGUUUUUAGAAGAGGUAAUGGUAGACUUAGAUAUGCCUAAAUUUUUUGAGAAAAACAAAAAGAUACUGGAUAAAUAUCACGUUAUUGUGUAAAUUUUAGAUUCCAGAUAAAAUCUACUUCUCUGGCACUAUUCACCUCUUUUUAUAGAUGGCAAUUUGAAUAUCUAGGAUUUUUAAGUAAAAUUAUACAAACCUCCAUUUUAGGUUCCUACGAGAGUUAAUCACUCUAAACUAGUAGAAAGUGAAGUUAUAUGCAAGUAUGGAAUAGGAUAUACAGAUAAUUUACAAAUUUGA